AAUUAGAAAACUUUGAUUACCAAAGAAAAAAAAUGACGAGUAAGAGAAAAAAAAUUCUUUCUUUUUCUCUACAAAUAGAAUAACUUUAUUACCGAAGUGAACAGAUGAUCGACAAGAAGAAGAUGAAUACUGGUUUUGUUUAUAUUCUUUCUCACCACAACAAUUUAAUGUAAUUUUCUUUUCUAUUUUAAAAACAAUCAAUUGUUUCCCUAAUUGUGACGGUCAAAUUUCCCCCAUCAACAGUUUUCUAAAUUUAAUUGUUUUAAAACAGUGAAAAGGGUUAAGUGUUUUCAUUUGUUUCUAUUUGGAAUCUUUUGUUUAUGUAAAUCAUGUCAUCUCUUUAUCAUUUAUCCAAAGGCCUUUCGCUGGUCCGGUCAAAUGGUUGGUCAAUUGGAUUACCUGGUGUAGUUAAUUGUAAAAGAUUAUCUCAUGGAUCAGCGUCUUCUUCUGGUUAUUGUUUUGAACCCUCAGAGGAAUCUAAAAGUUACAUUGAAUUGGCCAAUAAAUUUGUCAAAGAGGAAGUGAUUCCGGUCGCUGGUCAGUAUGAUAAGAGUGGUGAAUACCCUUGGCCGGUGAUUAAAAAGGCUCAUUCAGUUGGCCUGAUGAACCUUUUCAUUCCUGGUAAAUAUGGUGGACCGGGAUUAUCUCUAUUGGAUAAUCUUUUAAUCUCUGAGGAAAUUGCUUAUGGUUGCACUGGAUUUGGAACUGCUCUGGUUACCAAUGCUCUUGCCGGAUCACCGAUUCUACUUCAUGGUUCUGAACAAUUAAAGUCUAAAUAUUUAACUUGGUUAACUAAGGAACCAAUCAUGGGAUCUUAUUGUGUUACUGAACCUGGAACUGGAUCUGAUGUUUCCGGUUUAAAGACUAGAGCUGAGAAAGAUUCAAAUGGCAAUUGGAUUAUCAAUGGACAGAAAAUGUGGAUCACCAAUGGUGGACAAAGUUCAUUUUAUUUUGUUCUUACCCGAACCAAUCCCGAUCCAAAGGUUAAACAAUCUGAAGCUUUCACUGGUUUUGUGGUCAAUCGAGAUACUCCAGGAAUUACCGUUGGUCGUAAAGAGGAAAAUAUGGGUCAGAGGUGUUCGGACACCAGAGGAAUUACCUUCGAAAAUGUUGUGGUUCCUCCCGAAAAUAUGGUCGGUCAAGAGGGUAAAGGUUUCGUCGUUGCCAUGUCCGCUUUUGAUUUUACUCGACCUGCUGUCGCUUCGAUGGCCGUUGGUUUAGCUCGAAGAUGUCUUGAUGAGGCCACUAAAUAUGCUCUAGAGCGUAAAGCUUUCGGACAGCCGAUCGCCAAUCACCAGGCCAUACAAUUCAAAUUAGCUGACAUGAUUAUUGGCAUUGAAACUGCUCGACUAGCUUAUCUUAAGGCCGCUUGGAUGCACGAUAAUGGUAUUAAAAAUACUUUAAUGGCUUCGAUUGCUAAAUGUUACGCUGCCUCGAUCGCUAAUCGUUCAGCUACCGAAGCAGUUCAAACCUUUGGUGGUGCAGGAUUUAAUUGUGACUAUCCAGUUGAGAAAUUAUAUCGAGAUGCUAAAAUCUUACAAAUCUACGAGGGAACAGAGGAAAUACAAAAAAUAGUAAUCGCAAGGGAACAUAUCAAACGAAUGGUUAAUUUGGUCGGUUAAUUAACAAUCCAACAAUCUCAAAAUGAUUUAUAUUAUCAACCAACUAUUACCAAUAAUAGAUGAUCAAAAAUCUCAACUAUUUGGUCCAACGGAAACGUAAAAAACUCUUAUACUAAUUUGAUUUAUACAAAUUGAUUUGUACAAAUUUUUAAACUUCUCAAGAAAUUAACUGAUCAACAUUUAUAUUAUUUACUUAUAAUUAUAUUGUCAUAAUCAAUUUUAUUUCUGGACAAAAUCAAUAUGGAAAUAAACUCAUAGAGUCAAAUUUAA